GCACCCUGAGGCAGAUGUUAUAUAUACCUUGGUAGAGACCCCAGAGAAGGCACAAUCUUCGGCGUACUUACACCUUUCUCUCGGCCAAGACUCAUCAUAAAUAUUUCGUAUUUUAUAGAAUAUAAAACGCGAUACCCAGAGUUAAAAAAAUGAGAACCCUCACCACCGCGCUCGCCCUCUCCCUGACGGGCCAAACCGUCCUAGGCCUGCCCAAACACACCGCCCGCCAGGACUCUCCUUCCUGCGCCGAGCUCUCGGCCUCCUCGCCCAACUGGCAGAUCAGCAACGCGGCGUCGUCAGACUGGCCGGGCGGGGCGAGCGGGCGCGUGGAGCUGUUCGCGCGGCACGCGCCGACGGGCGUGCUCGCCGACUGCGACGUCGAGUACCGGCUCGACGCCGACGGCAACAUCGUCGACUACGACCCUACGAUCGCCGUCGCGUGCAUGAACUUCGGCGCUAGCUCGCUUGCCACGAACGUCACGCUCGAUAUGGAUACGCUGUUGUUGCGGUUGACGAGUACUUGGACUUGUGAUGAUGAGGAAGAAGGGGGGGAAGGAGGGGAAGUGUAUAUGGCGACUGGGGAGACGACGCUGGAGAGGGAUACGUCGCCUGGCGCGUGUCUGGUUGAGCCGUCGCAGGUCGGCGAGUCGACGACGUGUCCGAUUGCUGAUGUGGUUGUUGAGGGGAAGCUGGCGGAGGGGGAGGCGGAGGCGUGAAAGGG